CUUGUGAGAUGCAUGCUUUGAACCACGCUACAUCGUACCGACAGCCCAUCAGUGACGGCACAAUUGGUGGAAAUGGAUGCACCGAGGUCUCUCCUUUCACAUAUAUCAUCGAAGGUCUCUUUGGUCAAGGUCUGCGAAUGAUAUCUUGCUGGAUAACCACACACAUUUUAGUCAUUAGCGGAGAAGCUAUUCGCUGCUCUUACACGGAACUAGUCUCUGUCAACCCACCGAAGGGUUUGAUAUGCGACAAGUACAUGGGUACCUUCAUGCGAUUCGCGGGCAGUUAUCUCACGAACCCCGAAGCUGCAGAAGGCUGCCAGUACUAUCCUAUACGACUACAGACCAGUACAUGUUCUCGAGGCUCAACAUAGCAUACGAUAAUCAUUGGCAUAACCUUGGCAUCGUUUUCGGAUUCGUCGCGUUUAAUAUUAUCGCUAUUUUCUGGUUCACAAUCUCAUGCCCAUUCGCACUGUUGGUGUGUUUGCUUCUCUUAGGCAGAAGUUAAUUCGUGGCAAGUAGAUUGCGAUACCUCACAAAGGAUCAGACCCGUCUUCGGGGAAUACUCUAUGUCCUAUCAACCCUCGCGAAUGCACUCACUGUCCACAAAGAUAUCUGCACGGACAAAAUUUUCCUAGAUCAUCUCGUUGGACCACUUUCAUGUUUAUGAUGU